CAACAAUGGAAAGAGCACUUGAGAUGAUGCUGGUCGUGGCCAUUGUGCUGGCCACCACUACGUCCGGGGCGCUCGGCAUGGACAUCAAGGACAAGGACCUGGCGUCGGAGGAUUCCUUGUGGGCGUUGUAUGAGCAUUGGUGCGAGCACUACAGGGUGGCACGGGACCUCAACGACAAGACCCGGCGCUUCAACGUGUUCAAGGAGAAUGCACACAUGAUCCACAAGUUCAACCAAGGUGACGCGCCCUACAAGCUGAGCCUCAACCUUUUCGGCGACAUGACCGAUGAAGAGGUCCAUCGCGCGUAUGGUCACUGCUCCAACAUCAAGUCUGAUAGCCGUAAGCAUCGGCGACAGGACCGAUUCACAGAUGACGCCAUCAACGCCCGCAAGGGCCUCCCGUCAUCCGUGGAUUGGCGCAGACGCCCGUCCGCGGUGACGAACGUGAAGCUACAGGGAGUGCAUUGCGGUUCCUGCUGGGCCUUCGCGGCAACGGCGGUGGUGGAGGGCAUCAACUCCAUCAGGACUCGGAACCUGACGUCGUUGUCCACGCAACAACUCGUGGACUGCGACAAGGGGAACGGGGGGUGUAAAGGAGGAUUCGCGAAGUUAGCCUUCAAGUACAUAAUGCAAUCGGGCGGCAUCGAAACAGAUGCUAAGUACCCGUAUGUUGGCCAUCAGGAUGGCCAUUGCUCGGUGCCCAAGCCAAACCGGAACACGGUCGUCACCAUCGAUGGCUACAAACAGGUGGCGCCGAAUGAGGUGGCGGCGUUGGAGCAGGCGGUGGCGGCCCAACCCGUGGUGGUCGGAGUUGAUUCAAGCUCGACGGCCUUCCAACGCUAUGGGCGAGGCGUCUUCGUGGGGCCAUGCGGGACAAACCUGGACCACGAAAUGACGGUGGUGGGCUAUGGCACCACGGAUAAACACGAGUAUAAGACUCCCAUAAAAUAUUGGAUCGUGAAAAACUCAUGGGGGGCAGACUGGGGUGAAAACGGCUACAUCCGCAUAGCACGCGAUGUGAGAGGUCAGCCCAAGGAAGGCAUCUGUGGCAUCCUCACGGACGCGUCAUACCCAGUGAAAUUUAGUAGGAAAGGUAGAAAUGAUAUCAUGAAGAGAAAUUAGCGGUCUGUGUAUAGGUAGCGAUUUUAACAUCCCCCAAACAUAUAUGGACCGUCCAUGUGUUCUAUUAUACA